CUACUCCUCUGACGGCGACCGCCCCCCCCCCCCCCACCCUCUUAAAAGCCACCCAAGAGACUUCCGCCAUUGUCUCUUUGGAGCGACCUGUCCGAGGAGCCCAGUACAUGCUGCGAGAAACUUUUCAGGUCUCCAUGCGUCCUUGUUCUUAGCGCAAGACCGGCGCGACCAUGACCAUCCAUGUCGAGGGGCUUGUGGCCAUCGCGCUCUUCUACCUGCUCAUCCUCUUUGUGGGCAUCUGGGCGGCAUGGAAGAACAAACACUCCGGAGAGGCCGAAGGGACGGACCGCAGCGAAACCAUCAUGGUCGGAGGCAGAGACAUCGGAUUGUUCGUCGGAGGAUUUACCAUGACGGCAACCUGGGUUGGUGGAGGAUACAUUAAUGGCACAGCCGAAUACGUUUACCUGCCAGAUUAUGGCUUGGCUUGGGCACAAGCCCCCUUUGGAUAUGCCCUCAGUCUUGUUGUCGGAGGGCUCUUUUUCGCCAAGCCCAUGCGCUCAAGAGGUUACGUAACCAUGCUGGACCCAUUCCAGCAGCUCUACGGCAAGCGCAUGGGCGGCCUUCUCUUUAUACCCGCAUUAAUGGGGGAGAUCUUCUGGUCCGCCGCCAUUUUGUCGGCUCUCGGCGCCACGCUCAGCGUCAUCGUGGACAUCAACAUCAAAAUGUCGGUGGUCAUAUCGGCCCUCAUCGCCAUCUUUUACACGCUGGUGGGAGGACUUUACUCCGUGGCCUACACGGACGUUGUGCAGCUCUUCUGCAUCUUUGUCGGCCUGUGGAUCAGCGUCCCCUUUGCUCUGACCAACCCGGCCGUGUCAGACAUCACGGUGACGGCAGUGAAGCAUGUGUACCAGUCGCCAUGGAGAGGCAGCGUCAACAGGAGUGACACCUGGGUCUGGAUUGACAAUUUUUGCCUCCUGAUGCUCGGAGGCAUUCCAUGGCAGGUGUAUUUCCAGCGAGUCUUGUCGGCUUCCUCGGCGACUUACGCGCAAGUCUUGUCUUUUAUCGCCGCUUUCGGAUGCCUGGUCAUGGCCGUUCCCUCCGUUCUCAUCGGCGCUAUCGGGGCCUCCACAGACUGGAACCAGACCACAUACGGCGCCGUCCCCCCCAAAGAGAAGGAAGAGGCCGAUAUGAUCCUGCCCAUCGUUCUCCAGCACCUCUGCCCGCCAUUUGUGUCUUUUUUCGGCCUGGGUGCCGUGUCCGCUGCGGUCAUGUCAUCCGCCGACUCCUCCAUCCUAUCGGCGAGCUCCAUGUUCGCGAGGAACAUCUACCAGCUGGCCUUCCGACAGUCGGCAUCGGAUCGUGAGAUCGUGUGGGUCAUGCGCAUCACCAUCUUUGUGUUCGGCGGUCUCGCCACCUUGAUGGCGUUGGUUACGGGCACGGUUUACGGGCUUUGGUACCUGAGCUCCGACUUGGUUUAUGUCAUCAUCUUCCCGCAGCUCCUCAGCGUGCUCUUUGUCAAAGGCACCAACACGUACGGCUCGGUGGCCGCGUACUUGUUUGGCUUGGUGCUGCGCAUCGGCGGCGGGGAGCCCUACCUGCGACUGCCCCCUUUCAUUUAUUACCCCGGCUGGACCGUCGAGCAGCGCAGGCACCACAUCACCGGCGAAGCGGAGGAUAUCGUCAUUCAAAAGUUUCCCUUUAAGACGGCCUCCAUGCUGGCGUCUUUUCUGGGGAACGUGGCGUUUUCCUACCUGGCCAAGUACCUGUUUGAGAGCGGCAAGCUGUCUCAUAAAUACGACUUUCUCGACGCCGUCGUGUCCAAGCACAGCGGGGAGAUUAUGGAUAAGACCACGCUGGUGGCCCGCGGCAACAACAUCGGGCUGUCCGAGAUGGCGCCCGUCAAACCGCGGCUGAGCGUGACCUUGGCGGCCGCCUUCACGCGCCGCGACACGCUGCCGACGGACACCGUGGAGGAGGAAGAGGAGGAGUCCAGCCCUGACUCCUCCCACCACCACGAAGAAUGACAAAGAGACGGAAAUGUCCCUCCCCAAGGGACCGUGAGGUACAACACUGACUGACUGGAAGCGGGACACUAGCGUCAUUUCCACAAGCUAUAUAUUACCACAAAAUUAGCUGAAAAUGAUCAACUUUGAUUUUCCAGUCAUUGUAUCAAUACUGUCUCGCGACACAGUACGGGCACUCUCCAUCACCGGUCCUGUUACAAUAUAGCAUACUCCACACUCCACUACCCCGCCCCCCAAAAAAAUCCAUCCAUCCAUUUUCGGUACCCAAAGACAGCUAAGAUCGGCUCCAGCACCCUCUGCGACCCUUGUGAGGAUCAAGCGGAUCAGAAAGUGGAUGGAUGGCUGAAUUUGCAAUAAACAAGGAAGCGAACAUUCAGAAUUAGAGAUAUAGUUCUCUAAUUCUUUAUUUAUUAAUUCAAUUUUUUUUUUUUUUUUAACAUUUGAUUAUCUUCAUACUAUCUGCAAAAUGCUCAUCAAGCACAUCAAAAACACUUUUCCAAACUCUCCCGGACGUUAGAUGUUCGGCGCUCCAUUUCAUCAUCGACUUCUCUUUUUUUUCACAAUCGGACAAUGUCAAAAGAAGACGACGCAAAACCGUUUUCCUUUGACGGCACAAGUUUACUUGGCAAAUAAAAUCGCCUGACGCUGGUCAAACCCGACAAGUCCUUGAAGAUGUGACGCCAGGGCUAGCGAUGCCGCAUCCUGAACCAGGAAUAUAUGAUAUUCCAAUUGAUCAUGACAACAAAAAGCACGGCGUCGGGCAUCUUAGUCAAAGAUGAGUUUGAAGGGCAACUUUCUGACCCGAAAUCUCCCUCAGCCUUGCUGCCAUCCAUUCAAUCGACAUUUCUUGGUAUGUAAUCUACUGAAUGCAAAAUUCAUCCAUCCAUCCAUCCAUCCAUCUUCUACCGCUUAUCCGGGGCCGGGUCGCGGGGGCAACAGCUUUAGCAGGGAAGGCCAGACUUCCCUCUCCCUAGCUACUUCUUCCAGCUCUCCCCGGGGGAUCCCGAGGCGUUCCCAGGCCAGCUGGGUGACAUAGUCUCUCCAGCGUGUCCUGGGUCUUCCUCGGGGUCUCCUCCCGGUGGGACGUGACCGGAACACCUCA